UUAUCUCUCUUUUUCUCUGUUUCCCCUUUUUCUUUUUUACUCUCCUCUCUCUCUCUCUGUCUCUCGUGAAUUAUUAUUACCAUCCAUGUCCCCUCUGGUAAACUGUCGGUGGGUGCAAGCAUCCUAUGACAAUCUCACACUCAAUGCUUCUCUCCAGCUGUUACUUUCUUUUGACUUUAAUGUCCAACCCAAACUGCUUUCAGCUUCUCUCUGGUUUUCUUUUAUCAGCUAUUAGACUUCUUAGUGGAUAAUAUUUGCAUGAAGUAGUACUCCUUGCAUUUUUGAUGAUACACUUUUCCAGAAUCUAAAAUCAUGGAUCACAAAACAUGGCUAUGGAGGAAAAAGUCUUCUUCUGAGAAGACGAUUUUAGUGACCGACAAAGUUGUUAACCCUUUGCGAAGAACUGAAGAUCUACACCCAAAUCCGACAGAGAAAGGAGUUGGAUCUGAGAGAUCUGCGAAAACUCUUAACGAGAAGUUAGCUUCAGUCCUCCUAGAUUGUCAUGUUAAAGAAGAUCCCGACAUGAAAGACACAAAAAUGGCAGAAGAAACUGUAACAGGCAAAGAGAAGGCAGAACAAGAGAAAGUAUCCCCAAAGAAAGAACUAGGCGAAGCUUUAAACAAGGGAGUAGCUGAAAGUGAAAUAUUUAUUCAGUCAGAUGAUGCACUAAAAGAAUGUAAGAAGCAAUUAAGCAUUGUUCGAGAAGAACAGGAGCAAAAGAUACGCGAUGCGGUAAUGAUGACUUCAAGAGAAUAUGAGAAGGUGCAGAAGAAAUUAGAAGAGAAAUUCGCAGAGACAAGUAAGCAGCUUGCGAGUCUAAGCGUUGAGAAUUCUAAUCUGACCAAGGCACUUCUAGUGAAAGAGAAAAUGAUCGAAGAUUUAAACAGACGCAAGACUCAAUCUGAAGCGGAAUUCAGUGCGUUAAUGACUAGACAAGAUUCGACAGAAAAGGAAAAUGCUUUUCUAAAAUAUGAGUUCCACAUGCUUGAGAAGGAGCUUCAGAUCCGGAACGAGGAAAUGGAGUACUAUCGUCGGUCUUUUGAGGCAUCACAGAAGCAACAUUUAGAGAGUUUGAAGAAAAUGGCAAUGUUGGAACAAGAAUGUCAAAGACUUAGACCUCCAAUGCGGAAGCGUCUUCCUGGUCCUACUGGGAAUAUGAGGAGUGACGUUCAAGUAAAGAGAAGAAACCAGACAGACUUGAUGAGAAGAAGAAAGCCAAAUCUUACAAAAGAUUUGAUUGUUAGAGAGGCCGCAGUAGAAAACUCUUCUGAAAUUCUUAGCAAAGAUAUGAAUUUCAUGUUUGACAGAUUGUGUAUCGUCGAAGAAGAAAAUGAAGCCCUCAAAAAACUUUUAAACAGGAAGAGCCCCGUAGCUGCUUCCAGAUUUCUGGGUUCUGACAUGCAGCUCCUGGAGCUUCAUAAAGGCCAGAAAUCCAUAGAGCUGACAAGAGGUAGUCAUAUGGCAAAUAAACUGUCUAUGUCCUCGGAUUUCGACAUAAGCAGUGAUGAUGCUAUUAGUUCUUCUGGAUCUUGGGCUAAUGCUCUAAUUUCUGAGUUGGAACAUUUCAAGAAUGAGAAAGUCAAGGAUCCACCUUACCGCAAAGCCUUUGAAGUUUCAGACAUUAGCUUAAUGGAUGAUUUCGUCGAAAUGGAGAAGUUGGCGAUAGUUUCGGCUGACAAACCUUCUGGAAAUGGUUAUCCGAGUUUAACUUGCAAGGAUCUGGUUUCAGUUGCAGAAGACAGGGCACAUGAGAAACCUUUUGACUGGCUUCAGGUUGUUUUGAGAGCAAUGUUGGAGCAAAAGCAUGUUUCGAAAAGAAGUCUAGAAGAGCUACUUGGGGAUAUCAAAAUUGCUCUUGGUUUUGUCAACUCUCCAACAACCCGUGAAGCUGAUAAAACCACCAAGUCUUUGACUCUUGCAGAAGCUGAUACUCUUCCCAUAAGUGGGUACCUCCCUUGGAAUUCUCCAAAAUGGUCUCUGGUCCAAAACACUGCACCAGAAGUAAGUGGAAACAGACAUAUUCAGCAUGGUCUGAGUGAAUCAAUCUGUAAAAUCAUUAAGCUGAUUCAAGAAUUAAACCCCGCCUCUUUAGCUGAGGAUCACUCUCUGAAUACUGCAACAGAAAAGGAUCAGAAGUUAAAACCAUCAGCAACGCCAGUGGACUACUUUAUUCGUGUUUUCCAGUGGACACGCUCGGGACUAGAUGCCAUUCUACAAAGAUUUCUUCAAACUUGUGAUGAUCUGCUGAAUGGAAAAUCCGAUCUUGAAAAAUUUGCGGAGGAAGUGGCAUCUACUUUGGACUGGAUUUUGAAUAACUAUGUGGCGCCUAAGGAGGCCGCAAGCACAAGGGACAAAAUCAAGAAGCAUUUUGGUUGGGACGAGCCCCAGAGAGAAAAUGAUCUGCAAGUGUGUCUUCCAACUGAGGAAUUGGAUGUGGUUCAAUCUGAAGAGCGGUCCCUUGGUUGGCCCUUGCUCAAUUCUAAAGAAGACAGAAAUGCAUUGAUCCAAGUGGACACGGCUCAGUACACACUGCAAGAAGAAAAUAGAAAAUUGAAGAAUGAACUCAAGAAUGUCAUAUCUACAAAGUCAGACAUGGAAGCUAGGCUAAAUUCGGCAACAGAAAAAGGCAAGGAUUUGACGAUACAACUUCAAGAAUCACAACAAAGAGUUGGGAGCUUGCAAGCAGAACUGGAGGCUUUGAAAGAAACAAAGGGGACGAUCGAACACCAGAUUGAAAACGAGAAGUUGAUCAACGACGAUCUUGAUACUCAGCUAAAUGUUACCAAAGCUAAACUGAAUGAAGUUUUCCAGAAGGUCUCAUCUUUAGAGGUUGAAUUGGAGGACAAACGUAACUGUUGCGAAGAAUUAGAAGCGACAUGUCUUGAGCUCCAACUCCAGCUAGAAAGUGAUCCAAUGAAGGAAACUCCAAAGUGCAAAAUAAACCAAGAGGAAAGGCAAUCUCAAUCUGGCUGGGAGAUCACAACAGCAUCAGCAAAGUUAGCAGAGUGCCAAGAAACAAUAGCCAACCUCGGAAAACAGCUGAAAGCGCUAGCUACCCCGAGGGAAGCUGCCCUUUUAGAUAGGGUUUUCUCCGACACAGCCACCAAGGACGAGAAGUUAAACAAGCGCUCUUCCCUACGCGACCGAAUGCUGGCUGAGGAUGAUGCUAAAGCGGAGAAUCUCAACUGUCAAAAAGUCAAAGACACUGCAAGCAGUGGAGAUACUCAGAAGCCAUCAUUUCCUCAAUCUGAUGGUCAGAAUGCCACCGAAUCUUCUAAUGUUGCGGUACAUACCCCGGUUGCAUGUCGGACUUCAAGCUGCAAACCAGGUAACAAUGCAGCUGUGACUUUGGCUAUUGUGCCGAGCAAGAAAAAGGGCGGCGGGUUUGAUUUGCUAAGGAGGCUACUCCUUAGAAGAAAGAAGAGAAACAGUCAGAAACCACAAUUCUCAGCCAAAGUUUGACGGUCACAAAGCCAAGAAAAAGCUAAGGCGAGAAGAAUGUCAUGGCAAGAGACCAGUGUGCUACAUAUAUGCCUAUGACUAUGAGGCAAUGAGAAAUGGAGUGUUAAGAGUUGUUCAUUAAUUGUGGUGUUUUGUUGCUUGACUUUGACGAGUGAAGGUGGCAUUAAAAAGGGAAAAAAUGUUUGGGCUUCUUUUCUUUUCAUACAGAGAGAGAGAGAGAGAGAGAGAGAGAGAGAGAGAGAGUUCUGUAAUGCUGAUGCGUGUAUAUAUAUGUUUGUUUGAAGAAACUUGAGACUCGGGGAUAUUAAAAAAACAAAAAAAAAAAAGUAUAGUGAUUGGUCAUGUGGAGAUAUUCAGUGCAUGAUUGGUAGGACACGGCAUAAAAGAAAGUGAUGGAAGGGU